GUGGAGGCGUGGUCUUCCCCUCUAAUAAAACGUGUGCAUAAACAUGGACCCCCGAAGGAGGCAUGGAGCUCCAAUGGAGACACUGCCGACCUCGCACCGCCCCCUCCUUCUCUACCCAGAUAUAUAUCGCCGAAUGGUGAGCAGUGCCCCUCCCAUGUUUUCUCUCUCUAGCGUUAGAUUCAGGUCUGAUUGCUGCCAUGGCCACGGGCCGAGGAGCUACCCGGUGCUUGGGUGCCUGGUCACCUUCUAUCGGAACCGGUGGCGGCUGCUGGACUGGUACACCGAGCUGCUGGCGGCAUCGCCGACGCAGACGAUCGUCGUGGACCGGCUGGGCGCGCGCCGGACCGUGGUGACCGCGAACCCAGUGAACGUGGAGCACAUCCUCAAGAGCAAUUUCGGCAACUACCCCAAGGGGAAGCCCUUCACCGACAUACUCGGCGACCUGCUCGGCACGGGCAUCUUCAACGUCGACGGUGAGCUGUGGUACGCGCAGCGGAAGCUGGUGAGCCACGAGUUCUCGGCGCGCGCGCUCCGGGAGCUGGAAUUUGCCGUGCUCGAGGACGAGGCGCGGGACCGUCUCGUGCCGGCGCUGGGCCAGGCCUUGACGCGCGGCGACGCCGUGGACAUGCAGGACUUGCUGCGCCGGUUCGCGUUCGACGUCAUCUGCCGGGUCUCCCUGGGUGUUGACCCUGGGUGCCUCGACCCGGCAUUGCCGGCGCCGAGGCUCGCCGCAGCAUUCGACGCCGCCGCGGGGAUCAUCGCCAGGCGCGGCGCGGCGCCGGUGGCCGCCGUGUGGAAGGCCAAGCGCGCACUGGACGUCGGCUCGGAGCGGCGGCUGCGCGAGGAGAUCAUGGUCAUCCACGAAGCAGUCAUGGACCUCAUCAACAUCCGCAAGAAGGAGCGAGCUCUGGUCAACGGCAGUGGCGACGACCGGCGGAGCGACCUGCUGUCGCGGAUGAUCGAAUGCGGCUACCCGGACGAGGCGAUCCGUGACAUGGUGAUCAGUUUCAUCAUGGCCGGCCGCGACACGACGUCAUCAGCGCUGACGUGGUUCUUCUGGCUUCUCACCCGCCACCGCGACGUCGAGCAAGAGGUCCUGAAGGAGAUCACGGGCGCCAGCGACGCCGCUGGCGGGCAGGGCAAGAUGCGCGUGCUUCAUGCCGCGCUGUGCGAGACGAUGCGGCUGUACCCGCCGGUGGCGUGGGACUCCAAGCACGCGGCAGCGGCCGACGUGCUGCCCGACGGCACCCGCGUGCAGCGCGGCGACCGCGUCACCUACUUCCAGUACGGCAUGGGGCGGAUGGAGGCCAUUUGGGGCGCUGACGCCGCCGAAUUCAGCCUGCAGCGGUGGCUAUCCCUAUCUGACGACACCGCGCCACCCGCCGCGGUCGGCGGGGUGUCGCCGUUCAAGUACCCAGUGUUCCAGGGUGGACCGCGGACGUGCCUCGGCAAGGAGAUGGCCUUCGUGCAGAUGAAGUUCGUCUCCAGCUCCGUGCUCCGCCGGUUCGAGCUCGUCCCCGUCGACGAGGGCCGCAUGCCUGUGUUCGUGCCGCUGAUGACGGCGCACAUGGCCGGCGGGCUCAACGUGAUGGUGAGGAGCAGAGGGGACCAGAUAACAGGAAGCACACACAUUGCAGCUGCAAAUUAAGUACUUGUAGUUAACGCUCACAUGUAAGUACCACAAAGAAGGAUUCAUUAGUUCGUGGAUUACAUAUCUUUCAUCAGUGGAUUGUUGCUGAUUACAUAUAGUGUACACUUUGUACCAUCUGAUGAUCAUAUGAAGAAAUACAGAACAAACAUACAUAUUCCCAUUCAGCAAA